AUGAAGUUCUCCAUUCUCGCUUCUCUUACUGCUCUUGCCGGCAGCGCUGCUGCUGCCAACCAGGCUGUUGUUACUAACGACUGCUCUGGUACUAUCUAUGUUCAGUCUUGGCCUUACAACGGUGGUGCACCUGGCCCUCUGACUGCCCUCAAGAAGGGCCAGAAGUUCUCUGAGAACCUGCGAUCUACUGGCUCCACCAUCAAGAUUGCCACCACCAAGACUCUUGACAAGCCCCUCUUCUUUGGAUACUCUUCCACCUCCAAACCCAACUAUGUUUACUACGAGUUUAACACUCAAUUUGGCAAUCCCUUCGCCAACAAGCACAACAUCCUGACCCCUGGCUCUGGUUGCAAGCUCUUCGACUGCAAGCCCAAUGAUGCUAGCUGCUACAGCACUCCUAGCAUGAAGAAGGUCUACGGCUGCCCCAGCCCCGUUACCGUCUCUGCUACUAUCUGCGCUCCAUAA